CCUUAUUUUAAAAAUGGCAGAAGAAUAAAUAGUGACUGUGAAAUUUGCUAAUCAACCUAAACUAUUUGGCAAAUGGGAUUAUGAUGAAGUUCAAGUUACAGAUUAAUGUUUCAAAGAUUACAUUGCAGUCUAAACUUCAAAAUCUAGAGUUUUUGUUCCUCAUACUGCUGGAAGGUAUCACUUUCAUUCUAAAAUAGAUAUCAACGAAAGAAAUUUAGAAAAGCAUAAUGUCCUAUUGUAGAAAGAUUGGCUGGUGCACUCAUGUUCCAUGGACGUAAUACAGGUAAAAAAGUAAAGGCUGUUGCUAUCAUCAGACAUGCAUUUGAGAUUGUACAUUUGUUAACUGGUAAAAAUCCACUUUAAGUCUUGUCUUUGGCUGUACAAAGAGGUGGAGCCAGAGAAGACUUCACAAAGGUUGGCACAGGUGGUGUUGCUAAAUAAUAAGCUGUUGAUGUUGCUCCAAUAAGAAGAGUCAAUGAAGUAAUUAUGUCAAAAUAUACUUCAUUUAGGCAGUCCACAAUUUAGCAAAAGGUGUUAGAGAAUCAGUUUUCAAGAAAAUGAAGACUAUUGCAGAAGCUCUUGCUGAUGAGCUUAUUGCAGCAGCCAAUGAAGAUGGAUAAAAAUCAUACACCAUUAAAAAGAGAGAUGAACUUGAAAAAGUAGCAAAAACCAAUCGUUGAUGCUUAAUACAAUAAUAAAUAUAUUAUAUUACAAAUAAAAUAAUA